UGAACUCCAAAAAACUGAAUACAAAGCAUGGUAAGGGUAAUUAUGUAAUCCCACCAGACCUAUCUUUUAAAGUGAACCCCAAUUCAAUGUUGGUGGUUGUGAAUUCUGUAUAUCUUCACUAAUUGUAUUAUACCCUACAUGGGCACCAAUUCAUCUGUGCAGACAUAGGUUCGAUGAGCCAGGAGUGUAGAGACCCUUUUCUUACUAACACCCUCUAACACUUCUGCAUACAUGGGCAGAACUCAGGACAGCUUGGGAGAGGCAGCAGGAGGCAGCCUAGGAGGUGGGUAGGCAGGGGGCCUGGCAACAACAAGACCAUCCAUGGAGUGCACCGGUAAUUUGUUGGCUGUGGAGGGCCAACCAGGUGUGUCCCAAGAUCAACGAGAUCUCCAGAGAAUGGAUAAGGUGAAAGAGGGCCGUGUUGGUAUGUUCUAUAUGUAGACAUAUGGGAGCAGUGAGACCCUCCCAGGGUCCAGAGCUGUGGCUAUGACUGGUUGGUCAAGAGGGACCAGAGGAACCUGGAGAUACCUUGCUAAACCUAGGUCCGUGUCAGAAUCCAUGAAAACUCCAAAGGCAUGUUGCUGCUCUCCCAUGAGAUGGAGGCAGGCAGCACGACUCUGGAAGUAGCAGACCUGGGAGGAGUUGUGGAACCUGUCACACCCCUUCCCCAGAUGAGUCUGACCAGGCAGGAUGGAAAUGGCCUGACUCACUACAGUAGAGGCAACACUUUCCCUUCAUUCUCCAGUCCCGUUCAAUUGAAGAAAGCUGUGCUCUGUCAAGGUGCAUCAAUUCCUCUGGAGUAAGUUUAAGGGAGCUGAAGGGGAAGGGUGUGUGACUACAUCAAGAAUGAUGAAGCUGGAGGGGCUCAGAGAUUGGCAGUACUAGAGGCCCUGGUGCAGUGCUGUCCUUUCCUGGGGACAAUUGUCAGCCCAGAUGGAGAUAACAAUGAAUGUCUCAAGAUCCUCAACUGGGUCUCUGGCUGCCAAUUCAUCUUUAAUUUCUCCUGAUAACCCAUGGCAGUACAUGCCCAUUAACACCAGGAUGUGAAAUUUGAUUGUGUAGUUAGCCAUGCUACAGGUACCUGAAGAAAUUGGAGGAGCCAGUUGGCCACCUCUUAUAUGAUGACUGGGUGGUCAAGCACCCUCUUCAUCUCCCUGGUGUACAUUUGCACAAUUUGAAGAGUUCUUCUCCAAGAGCACUAUGGCCAGUGAAGAGUUUUGCCAGACCCUAGAGAGACGACAGAGGCCAAUUUGUGGUGGUCAUAGGGGAACUUGGUGGGAUGCAGCUUGAAAGCCAGAGGACACUGAGUAAGAGAACCUUGACAGGUCCCUGGACUAUCAUCAAAUCGCUUGGGCACUGGCAGGUUCAGAGACUCGGGAGUUUAUGUGGCAGCAGGAGUUUGCCGGCUCAGCUGGAUGAUCUCGGUAAUGUGUCUGCAGGGUGGUCAAGAUCUGCUGGAGCACAUGCUCAUGUCUACUCAUCAUGGCUAGCCAGCACUGAUUGGAGCUAUUAAUUCUUUGCUGGGUCCGUGUUGUGGCUCAGUCUUGCUGUAAGUCAGGCUGGAUUUGAACUAGGGUUGUUAUCAUGAAGUUCCAUAUCUUCAACCAGUGGAAGUUCAGUGGAGACCAGAGACAAACAUGGAGUUGAACAAAGAAUCUUUACACAGGGAUUGGUUUGCAGAAGUCACAGGCUAGGACUUGGGAAUCACUCCGCACAGGGCAGAUAAACUCAAGACUGAGCAAAGAUAAACAAAAUAGAGGAAACUUAAAAAGAGAAACAAAACAAGGAAAAGGUGCAUGAUAAUUAAGACAAGAUACAAAUAUAUUAUUUCUCAGUGAAUUAUUUUUUUUAACAGUUUGAGUCUGCACAUAUUCAACAAAGUGUUCAGAGUAGACAUGUCAGUACAUUACCCUAAAUGCCAUUCAUAGCUGGCUCAAAGGAAUUCCAUGAAAACCUACAAAUGAUCAAACAGGCAAGUCUAAACUAGGCAAGAAUAAACCAGGCAUGGUUAAAAUAUACUUGAAUAUAUUUAAAGGUCUGAUUGUAGCUGGCAAGACUUCCUGGAUGUACUGUUCUCUGGACAUUGAGCCUUUAUUAGGGAUUGUUUACCUUUUUCACUUCUUUAUUAGUUUACUAAGGGAUAGACACCAGCCUGGAGUGAAAAGUCAUUUGUACAGGAUUGGAAACCAAGAGGCCAGGAAAUAAAGCGGAUGGCAGAGGGGAAGAAGCUGGUCCUGAAUCGCUGAGUGUGUGUCUUCAGGCUCCUGUACCUCCUCCCUAAUGGCGGAGGGGAAGAAGCUGGUCCUGAAUCGCUGAGUGUGGGCCUCCAGGCUUCUGUAUCUCCUUCCCAACAACGAGAAGAGGGCAUGCCCUGGGUGGUGGGGAUCCUCAAUGAUGAACGCUGCCUUCCUUGGGCAAAACUCCUUGUAGAUGUCUGCAUAUCUUGUUUUUAUGAAAACAAUGUGUUUGUUCAUUGUAAGCUAUAUUAGAGAUAUUAAAAAUAGAUGACUUUUGGAUUGACAAGGCCAUUGGAAUAGAGAAUUCAUAGUUCCAGUACAUAACAUGGAAACAGGCUCUACAACCCAAUGGGUCUGAUACCUGUCUACACUAAUCCUAUUUGCCUGAAUUUGGCCCAUGUCUCUCUCUAAGCCUUUCCUGUCCAGUUACCUGUCCAAAUGUCUUUUAAAUGUACCUGCCUCUAUCACCUCCUCUGGCAUCUUGUUCCACAUACCCAGUCUCCUCUCUCAUCAGAUUUCUUCUUCAGCCCUUUACCUUUUCCACCUUUCACCUCCCAGCUUCUCACUUUGCCCCAUUCCUCCACCCACCUUUCUUUCCAGGCGUGGUGAAGGUUUCAUUCUGAAAUGUCAACUGUCAUUCCCUUCUAUUGAUGCAGCCUGACUUGCUGAAUUCCUCCAGCAAAGGCCUAGUUCUGCUUCUAUGAUUAUGGGCAGUUCUCAGCAGUUGGACUGAAAUCAAAGUAGGGACAUAGAAAACUCACACCAAAAGUCCGUUAAGAAAUAUACUGAAGGACAUGGACAAAUGAACGAGGUGAAGAAAGUGGUGUGUCAGGUGUAUGAUUUAUGCUGUACUUUGAAGGAAGAGAGUACCAAUACAUGCGUGCAAUAUCAGUGAUGUGAAAAUAUCAAUCUCGUGUUUUUUUGCCUUUUUCCAGAUUUUGACCUUGGGUGGUGGGGGGGUUACUGGGGCUGUGGGUGUCAUGACUGAAGGGGGGCUGUGGCCACAAGGAAGAGCUACAGCAGAGAAGUUCUGAGGCGGUCCUCAUCAAUGCCCCAGUGGCCCAGGCCGACGCAGAUGGCUAAGAUGGUAGAAGCUGUGUUAUCACUCCGCAUCUGUGCUUUAGCACUUCAGAUAUGGAGAAUCCUGAACGAAAAACACAACCUUUGUCUCACCUCACAGUAGCUCCUCUACUUUAUUUUUCAUUAAAGCCUUGUUUUGUGGUGUACAAAACACUAGUUCCCAGACAAACAGGCUGCCAGUCUAAAAAAAAGCAGUCACCUGAGUACAGAUCCCACUAGGGAUUUAAAUUUGGCCAUUAAUUAGGAAUUUAAGCUUUACAAAACAAAUAGUCGGUGAUGAUAAGGACAAAUCUGACUCCAGCCUCAGGCGGCUAGAGCAACUCUGUACAGCACCACUUGUAAAAUUGGGGCUUGAUUCCUGUAAGGAGUUAAAAAAAAACUGGAUGGGUAUAUGGACAGGAAAGGAAUGGAGGGUUAUGGGCUGAGUGCAGGUCGGUGGGACCAGGUGAGAGUAAGCGUUCGGCACGGACUAGAAGGGCCGAGAUGGCCUGUUUCCAUGCUGUAAUGGUUAUAUGGUAUGUUUCUGCCGUGGCCUCAUAGGUUUCCCACGAGUGCUCUGGUUAGCUCCCACAUUCCAAAGACGGGCAGGUAGUUGUUGGCACGCUACGUUGGGACAGGAAAUGCAGCAACACCGUGGCUGCCGCCAGCAUAGUCCUCACUGAUUUGAUUUGGUGCAAAGCGAUGUAUUUCACUGGAUGUUUCAAUGUGGAUGUGACAAAUAGAGCCAAUCAAUGUGUUUGCCUCUUCCGAAAUGGCCCUUCUAAUCUGGAGCAGUAAACAAAAUGCUGGGGGGUGGGGGGGAGCUCAGUCCGGCAGCAUCUGUGAAGAGAGAUUUCCUUCCCCAUUUCUCUCCUCAGAUGCUUUCUGACCCGUUGAGUUCUUCCAGCAUUGUGUUUGCGGCCCCAGAUUCCAAGAUCGGCAAUCUAUUCUUGUCUCUGCUGGGCCACCUGCAGUCUGACAUCAGGGAUUCAGGAAAAUGCCAUCCUUUCAAGGGCAUUCGGAGAUGGACAAUAAAUGCUGGCACUGCCAAAGCAAUCUAUAUCUUGAAAACUAAAUGAGUUAAACAAAUAUAAACAUGAGGGAUUCUGCAGAUGCUGGUAAUCCAGAGCAACACACACACACACACACACACACACACACACACACACACACACACACACACACACACACACACAGACACACACACACACAGACACACACACUCACACACACACACUCACACACACACACUCACACACACACACUCACUCACUCACUCACUCACACUCACACACACACUCACACACACACACACUCACACACACACUCACACACACACUCACACACACACACUCACUCACUCACUCACUCACACUCACACACACACUCACUCACACACACACUCACACACACACUCACACACACACUCACACACACACACUCACACACACACACUCACACACACACACUCACUCACUCACUCACUCACUCACACUCACACACACACUCACACACACACACACUCACACACACACUCACUCAUACACACACACAUACACUCACACACACACACACUCACACACACACUCACUCAUACACACACACAUACACACACACACACAUACACACACACACACACGCACUCACACACACACACACUCACACACACACACACACACUCACACACACACACACACUCACACACACACACACACUCACACACACAAAACGCUGGAACUCAACUCAGCAGAUCGGGCAGCAUCUAUGGAGAGGAAUAAGGAGUCGACAUUUUGGGUGGAGUCCCUUCAUCAGCACAUAUCCAAUCCCCAUCCACUUGAGACUUAAAAUUGAAAGUAAAUUUCCUAUCAAGUACAUAUAUAUCACCGAAUACUACUUUAAGAUUAAUUUUCUUGCAGCAUUCACAGUAGAACAAAGAAAUACAAUAGAAUCGAUGAACACACAAACUGACAAUCAAUGUGUGAAAGAAGACAAACUGUGCAAAUAUUUAAAAACAUUUGAUAAUAAUGAUAGAUAAAUAGUAAAUAAAUUAUAUUGAGAACAUGAGUUGUAGAGACCUUGACAGUGAGUCAAUGGGUUGUGGAAUCAGUUCAGUUUUGUGGUGAGUGAAGUUAUCCACACUGGUUCAGGAGCCUGACGGUUGAAGAGUAAUAACUGUUCCUGAAGCUGGUCGCAGGGGUUAGGGUCGUAUACUUUUGUCCGGAUGGUAGCAGCAAGAAGUGAGCGUGGCCUGGAUGGUGGGGGGUGGGACGCGGCGGUCCUUGAUGGUGGGGGUGCUGCUUUCUUGUGGCAGUGCACCUUGUAGAUGUGCUCAAUGCUGGGGAGGGCUUUUCCAGAAAUGGGCUGUGUUUUUACGGAUUAUUCUAAUCAGAGAAAAAGAAGGACCUGCAAGAGAACGUGGCAGACAUUUAGGUAAUAUGGGAGAAUAUUAAUUAUUUGCAUGUGGUGAAACUCAGGUGGGGGAGGGAACUCCUCCAGUCCAUGGUGUUGGCCUUGUUUGUGAAGUGGAAGAAUUAGGUAAUUCCAAAUUUUUUCCACAGUACCUCUGAAGCUGAUGCUGGAGCUUCUGCAGACCUGGAGCAUAACCACAAAGCAUUGUUUCUGUCAGAGCUGUCAACACUAACUCAGAUAUCACUGCACCUGACCUCUGCUGCAAAGGUCAGGGAGUUCACCUCUCUGGCCCACUCAGGCUGUCAACUUCGAGUUGAGUGAGUGUCAACAGAGUCAUCAGGAGCCACUGGUAAUUUUAACCCUUGUAAACGCUGCUGAAAUCAGACAGCUGCAGCCUGUCCUGAUAAUUACCGCACAUUGCAGCCCAACAGGAGAUCUACAACUCUACAUUUUAAAAAUAAGUACUUUCUGCAAAUAUAAAUCUUUGCUUUGGUAGAUAGUUCCUUAUGUAUCAGAAGGGACAUCAACCCUCUUUGUUCCCAGUGGUAUUUUUUCCUCCCUUUUUGUACUACUUAUUUAAUUUAUAUUUAAGUACAUUGUAUGUAUGUGUGUGUGUGUGUGUAUAUAUACAUACAUAUAUGCACACACACACACAUACAUAUGUAUGUACAUAUGUAAAUACAUGUGACUAUAGGUACAUACAUACACACACACACGCACACAUGCACACACACACACACACACACACACACACACACACACACACACACACAUAUAUAUAUAAUGUACUUAAUGUAAUUUAUAGUUUCUACUGUUAUAAGACCAUAAGAUAUAGGAGCAGAAGUAGGCCAUUCAGCCCAUCGAGUCUGCUCCAUCAUUCAAUCAUGGGCUGAUCCAAUUCAUAUUGCAAUGUACUCCUACCACAAAACAACAAAUUUUAUGACAUACGCCAGUGACAUUAAACCCAAUUCUAUUAAUUCUUAGGAGAGUCAUGUAAGUUCCAGUAUGUUGAAGUUGGUCAGUAAAAUACUUUAGAGAGGACGCCCUCCAUCUGGGUUAUGCUCUCUUCUUGCUACUACCAUCGGGCAGGAGGGCUACAGGAAUCUUAGGUCCCACACCACCAGCUUCAGGAACAGUUAUUACCCCUUCAACCAUCUGGUUCCUGAACCGGUGUGGAUAAUUUCACUCACCACAACACUGACCUGACUCCACACCCUACACACUCACUUUCAUGGACUCUACAACUCAUGUUCUCAGGGUUUAAAUUUUUAUUGGCAUAAUUUGUCUUCUUUUAAACAUUGGUUGUUUGGCAGUCUUUGUUUACAUAUAGCACUGUAUUUCUUUACUUUCCUGUAAAUGCCUGAAAGAAAAUGAAUCUCCAGGUAGCAAAUGGUUUCAUAAAUGUACCUUGAUAAUUUACUUGGAUCUUAGGCUUUGACUUUGGACUCUUUAAUGAAUGUGACGUUUUAUUCUCACUUGGGUGUUCCAAUAAAGAGACGGUAUCAGCAGAUAUUUGCUUCCAUUUUAUGUAGUCUUUCAUGCACGCUGAGACAGAUUGAAUAUAGUAUUCAUUCAUUAAGAUGAACUGGAUGAGGCUUGUGAAGAGCUGGGCAGUGCAAUCUGUUAAGAAUAGGGUGUUCAUUACUGUCACAUGGAACAAUAGUCCUGAAGUUCAGACAUCCUAUUCCCUUUACUUCAGUUCAUUUCUCGCUUUGUCCCGUGUGCACUGGAAAUCUGGAAGGAGCUGAUAGCAGCACUGAGAGUUUAUCUGUUGAUAAAUGCUUCAGAUAAAACUGAGUUGGUGCUGUUUGAAAGACCGGUGUCAGCUGGCAUUUUGAUACCAGAUCGUUCAUGACCGUAACUUGAAAUUGCCGUAGUAUAAAGCACACACUCGCAAGUUGAGCACUUGGGUGUGGAUAGGCCAUGAUUUUUGUGGAGCAGGGCAUAGGGAUCACAGGGUGUGGAGUGUUCUCUGUAUGGCACAGACACAGAGAGUACAGGGUGUGGAGUGUUCUCUGUAUGGCACAGACACAGAGAGUACAGGGUGUGGAGUGUUCUCUGUAUGGCACAGACACAGAGAGUACAGGGUGUGGAGUGUUCUCUGUAUGGCACAGACACAGAGAGUACAGGGUGUGGAGUGUUCUCUGUAUGGCACAGACACAGAGAGUACAGGGUGUGGAGUGUUCUCUGUAUGGCACAGACACAGAGAGUACAGGGUGUGGAGUGUUCUCUGUAUGGCACAGACACAGAGAGUACAGGGUGUGGAGUGUUCUCUGUAUGGCACAGACACAGAGAGUACAGGGUGAAAUUGACCUCUUGUUGCCUUGGUGCUGGAAGAAAACAAGCUCUUUUCAGUAUAAUGUAUGAAGCUGCUCAGGUAAAAUUCCUUCUUCCCCAGAACGUACUGGUGCAAUUCUGCACUGCCAUCGUAGAAAGCACUCUCACCUCAGCCAAUACUGCCUAGUUUGGUGCAGCGUCCUCUCACAAUGUACAAAAACUGUGGCAAACUGUCAGGUCAGCACAAUAGGUCGCUGGCUGCAGCCUACCGUCAGGGCAGGGCUUGUAUGUGUCCCGGGCAAAGGAGCAGACAGGAAUCAUCAUCGUGAAAGCAAACUGAUUUUUCUAAAGGCUCCCUUCUGGGAAAGCGCCAGAGAGCUACUAAAACAAAAACUUCAUGCUAUCCUUAAAGCUUCUUGCCCAGGCAGUUAAUCUGAUCAACUAUUCUAGUUACCGCCCCCACCACCCCCCAA